AUGCUCAGGAGGCAACUCAUCUGGUGGCACCUGCUGGCUUUGCUUUUCCUCCCAUUUUGCCUGUGUCAAGAUGAAUACAUGGAGGUGAGCAGAAGAGCUAAUAAAGCGGUGGCCAGGAUAGUGCAGAGCCACCAGCAGACUGGCCGUAGCGGCUCCAGGAGGGAGAAAGUGAGAGAGCGGAGCCAUGCUAAAACUGGGACUGUGGAUAAUAACACUUCUACAGACCUAAAACCCCUGAGACCAGAUGAGCUUCCGCACCCUGAGGUAGAGGACCUAGCCCAGAUCAACCCGUUCUGGGGCCAGUCUCCACAAGCGGGAGGACUGCCCCCAGACUGCAGCAAGUGUUGUCAUGGAGAUUAUGGCUUCCGUGGUUACCAAGGCCCCCCUGGACCUCCAGGCCCUCCUGGCAUUCCAGGAAACCAUGGAAACAAUGGAAAUAAUGGAGCCACUGGCCAUGAAGGGGCUAAAGGUGAGAAAGGAGACAAAGGUGACCUGGGGCCUCGAGGGGAACGAGGGCAGCAUGGCCCCAAAGGAGAGAAGGGCUACCCAGGGGUGCCACCGGAACUACAGAUUGCAUUCAUGGCUUCUCUGGCGACUCACUUCAGCAAUCAGAACAGCGGCAUUAUCUUCAGCAGUGUUGAGACCAACAUUGGAAACUUCUUUGAUGUCAUGACUGGUAGAUUUGGGGCCCCUGUGUCAGGUGUGUACUUCUUCACCUUCAGCAUGAUGAAGCAUGAGGACGUGGACGAGGUAUAUGUGUACCUCAUGCACAAUGGCAACACGGUCUUCAGCAUGUACAGCUAUGAAACAAAGGGGAAAUCAGAUACAUCCAGCAACCACGCAGUACUCAAGUUGGCCAAAGGGGAUGAAGUCUGGCUGAGAAUGGGCAACGGUGCCCUCCAUGGGGACCACCAGCGCUUCUCUACCUUCGCAGGCUUUCUGCUCUUUGAAACUAAGUGAUGAGAAAGAUAGGAUAGCUCUAGUUUUGGGGGAGACUUGUAGCUGAGCUGGGGUUGUUAUAAUCUGAGGGAUGUUGAAGUUGGGGUUCUAUAUGGAGUAUUUAACUGUUGUAUUGGUCAUUCUGCUACUCAUUCUACUGGUAUACCAAUAAUGUUGGAUGCUUUAGGAGCUUAGAAGAAUAGACCACAAGGAAAUCUUCCCAGAUGACCUUGAGAAAUACUCCACAGCUUCAUCAUUCUUCCCUACAUGUCUGAAGGAAUUGUUAUCUGAUGUAGGUUGGACAUAAGCAUUCACCUCAAAGAAGGCAUUUGCAUAGUUUUGGUCCUCUGUUUAAAUGUGGUAUCUCCUUUGGAGUCAACCAAGUUUUGAGUUCAUUGUUCUUCACAAUAUUUCAGAGAGUAGCCUGAUUAUGACCAGACUAGGGCAAGAAUAAGAGCACUUACCAGAACCUAUCUAGGAGAAACACUUGUAAAAUCUAUACUGGGAAAUAGCAUUUCUAUUCUUAUAUUCAUGAAUAAAUGAUAGGAAAGUUUUAGUCAUUCAGAUAACCAUUAAAUAGCAUAAGUAUUUACAAUGCCCACAAAUAAUUGGCUGUUCUUUUAAAAACAAACAAACAUGUACAUUAGCAUUGGUUUCUAGUGACUUAGACUUGCAGAUUUUCUCAUAAUCCAGAACUGGGCUUACCAUGUCUAGCUUGCAAUUGCGUUACCUGGACUGUAGUAGCACUCUCCCGACCAUGCACAACCAGCUGAGGUAAGGUUAAGCUGAUAUAGUAUACAUGUUAUCACAUUUUUUUUAAUUCAGGGAUUAUCCCAAAAUGUUUAUAUACACCACAUUAUGUUGAAUGGGCUUUAAACUUAAUACAGGCAGACUAAUGGAUGCAAAAUACUAGUGUAUUCCAUUUAAGAGAUACAUAAUAGCAUACCUUAAACAUUUUCAAUAAGAGUUCUAUCAUUUUCUUUAUUAUCAUACUUGACUAAUGCUUCACAAAGCAUUUUUAAUAUACCACAGUACUAUAGAAGGUGCUAGUUGUUUUUUUUUUUUCCUAACUUGCCACACCCCAGAAUCUAUAAAAAAGGAUUAAAUUUGCCAUGAAAAACACCUUCACAGAAUGUGCCAUACGUUGGCACUCACAGAUGCGAACACACACACACACAGUGCUGAGGCUCAAGUCUCCAAAGCCUUAUACAUGCUAUGCGUAUGCUCCUCUACAUACAUCCCCAGCACCCAAGCGUGUUCCAUUGAGGAAAGUAUUGCUGCAGCGUGUUUACCCUGGUGUCAAAUCAUAUUUAAAAUGCACCUGUGAGAUUAUCUGAAAAAUAUCACAUAGAAAUGCUCUUUAAAGUAAUGAGCCUUCAAAGUAAUGCUCUUCAAAGUAAUAAAGAAAAUUUAUUUUCUACAACAAUUUAAACUUGUACAACAAAUUACUUGUGCACAGGCUUUUAAAUCAUAAUUUACUUUAGAUUUCUACAAUUUACUUAUGCACAGGCUUAUAAAUGGUGAGUUCUUUUAAUUUAGCAUCCUAUAAAUUAAAUGAAAGUCAAGGCAGACUGUCCUAUUAGCUAAUUCACUGGCUACCAUGCUCAGUUCAACAUUUGACCCUCUCCUUUUUAUCCACCAGCUUGUUGAAAUUCUUCGUGAAUCUGCAUAUAAUACCCUUUUAAAGUGAACUGCUAUUUGCCAUGAUUUGCCUUAGCAGAAAUUUUUUUUUCAUUUAGUGUGUGCUUCUCCCCACAGAGCUGUGUGGGAUCACAGGUUAAGGUUUGCUGUGAUUAAAUUCCUCAGGCAAAUCACAGAAGUGCAAAAGAUAUCUGACUGUUACAUAUAGUUCAAAGAGAUUUCAUAUCCGAAGAGCACCCACUACCUACUUGGAGGAAGAGUCUGGCAUAGCUUUAGAUAAAACUGUAGAAAGAAAAACUGCAUAAACAUGUGGAAAUAAACACACAUGCUGAUUAAUUACAUGUUUGUUAUUUUUAAUGUUAAUAGUUACAAUAGUCAUACAAUCGAAAGUCACGUAGUUAAUGUAAAGCAAAAUGUUAUCCUCACAGUGUGACCAGCUGUACAAUUUAGAGAUUGCAAACAGCGAGGUCACCUGUCUCCACACAACCCCUCUCUCAGCUACUCCAUCCCUUCAGUCCUUGAGACAUCAGUGGUUCAGGGGUCCCUUUUAUGACCUGGGUAUAUCUGAACGGAUGAGUCUUCAUCACACACCCACAAUCUUUUUAUGCUCACGCCAACAUUCUAAUUUUCAUCCUGGCAGAGUUGUGCACGGAUUUGGCUGUGGGAAGACAUAAAUUAUCUCAAGUUUGCAAAUGAAUGCCAGUGGGUAAAGAAAGGACAUUUGUUAAGAGAUGUGGGAGGUCAAAGUAACUAUCAGUGGUUUCACAGUGCUUUUUUCUCAUGGCCUAAUUACACAAUGGUCACUUAUCCGAGGUGAUGUCUUCUGCAGUUAUCUAAAGUCUGAACCAAAUAAAAAA